UGCAAAAGCUGACCUGACCCGUCUUUUUGCCUGGUGGCUGAUGCUUUCCUUUGCAUUGCUCACCAUUUACACUCACUCUCGUUCGCAGGAGCAGAAGCCGUGAGCGUGAGCGUGGCCGUACUAGUAGUAGCAGUCCCACCACGACUACGUCUUCGUCCUCGUCUUCGUCCUUCCCGCAUUGGCAUUGGCACUACACGUCGGGAUUCGUAUAUGCCUUUUGCUUGCCUCUCACUCUCGCUGAUCCUCGUACUAUCGCGUUCUCUCUUGUCUCUACCCACCUGCCUCUCGUUGCGCCUUGUCGAUUGUUUACGCUCGCUCGCAUACUCCCGAUCUACCCAUCGACACACCAUCGUUCGACCUCAGUCCUCCCCAGAUAAUGCUAAUGAGCACGCACCCCGUCCACUCGCACAUCCCACUGCCAGCGUUCCGAUAAUUUCAGUCCAAGCGUCCCUGCCUUGAGUUGAGCUCAUGUUGGCACGAGAAGGAGGAGGAAUCAAGAAGGCCUCCAAGACUGCCUAGCACACGGCCACUGCUACAAGAUCUCGAUUGUCCUCCACGGUGCACCACUCUUCAUGGACUCUCCAACAGAGCGAAUGCCUAUUGCUUGCGUUCACUGUGCGAAAGCCAAGGCCAAGUGCGAUAAAAAGGUUCCAUGUUCCAGAUGUGUGAGCAAGCAGAUUGUCUGCCAGUCUCGGGCCACUCGACGCUCCUCCCAUAAUCCUACUCGACGUACUCCUCUCCCUCGGGCAAACUCCGAACGUGCUAUACACUCGUCAGCGUCGUACCAUGUAUCACAACUCUCUCACUUUGGGGCUGCCACUCCGGCGGUCAAUGGCUUACCGCCUAAUACCAUGAGCCCGCAUGCUAUUCCACCGCACCGGUUGAGUCUGCCUGAUAGCAACCACCAUGUGCCGAUUGCACCCGCAAUUUUCACCCAGGAAAUGGAGCCUCAACUUUUGCGGAGUGGCUAUACGCAUACCCCUCCAGAUAUGGCCAUACCGAUCACGCCCAUGAUGCCAGCCAUGCCCCAGAUGGAGAACUUUAUGCAGAUGCACGGUACUCCGUACGAUUAUGACGGUGACAACCACUUCCUAGCCAUGAGCGGUGGACACCCAAGCAUGAUAGAAUUUGACGCAGCCAAUCUUCUCACUGAUUUCAUGAGCCCUCCUCCGGCCAUGAUGCACGACCCGAAUGAUCAAUUCCUCAUGAAUGGGAAGAUCGGCCUGCAAACCCCUAAUCACAUACCUUUGAACAUGCAUGUGCAUGAAGGGUCCACGCCGAUGGGACUGCGACUUGACCUGGAAAGUCCACCUAACCAAAUGCCAUAUAGGCCGCCAGCUGGUCUGUCUCCUUCAAAUUCUUCCGUUGCCAGCGGUCUGCAGGAGCCUGAUGCGGUGUUCGCCGCCCACCACGCAUGGCCUUUCUUCCAGUGCAAUGUCGUUGAGAAAUAUUCCUUUGCUCCGCCAAAGACUGCAGCCAUCUACCUCGAAGGUCUUGCUCAAACUCUUCGCAACCAGGCCACCUGGUCGGCUUGGGCGUCUCAAUUGGACGAAUCCUCCUUGGAUAUCUCGACGGAGCGCAAGAUUGCCACCGAACCCAUCGUGGGCUGGUCGCGAGAGAAGCUGCUGGCCAUCACGCAGGGCUUCCUUCACAAAGCGCUGGAUAUCCAUAAGGCUGAUCACCAGAAUCGUGAGGAGACGCCGUCGAGUCCCGACUCCAGUCGAGAUACGUUCCUGAUGCUACCUCCCCCUGAUGUCAUGCAGUAUUUCCUGCGGAGUUAUGUGGUCCGCUAUGAGCCAUACUACUCUUCAGUGCCAGCUGGGCGGCUUGAUCCUAACACUCUCAUGCAGUCCAACAACAGUAAGGCAGCCAGUUUGCUCAUUCUGCUUAUGGUAGCCUCCGGGGCCUCGUCAACCGCGACCAUUGAGGCGCGGUAUGUUGCCAGUGGACUUACCGAAGCAUGCCGUAUCUCGCUCUUUGACACAAUUGAAAAGGAUGUCCUCCAAUCCCGAGAGGUACUGGUACUUCGCUCCGCACUGUUGUUCACAUCGCUCGCCGCAUGGUCAGGCGAUAAGUGGCACAUGGAUAUGGCAAUGGGGCAACGUGGGAUGUACCUGGCUAUGCUGGACCACUCAGGCAUGCUCAACGCGGCCGACUUGCGAAUCGACAUCGACACGUGUAGACAUGAUCCUGAAAUGACUUGGGAAGAGUGGAAGGAGCAUGAAGGCAAGCACCGACUCACCCACUCCUGGGUCAUCGUUGAUCAAGAGAUGAGUCUCUUCUCGGACACGACACCUUUGUUGUCGGUUGUGAACCUUCAUACGCCCAUGCCCGACUCAGAUGACCUGUGGCAUGCUGAGUCGGCAGUGGAAUGGCUCGAGCUCUUCGAGAAGGUCCACGGCUCCACCUAUCAAAGCCCUGCGUCAGUGCGAGACUUCUUCACCAGCUUUGUCGAUGGCGAGAUGGCCGGCCAGGAAUUGUCGCCGACAGAGCUGCGGUUGCUGCUUCACCCACUACAAGGUCAGGUGUGUCAACUUCGCCAAUUUAUUGCGUGUUUGCCGGACGGUGCUGGCAACAGCCAGGGCAAAGCAUCCCGUUCGGUCUCCCGCGUAGCGACCAAGGCUCGAUUGGAAGAGAUAUCGUCACUCCUGCAGCAAUGGUAUGCUAUCAGCAAGCAAAGCUUUUCCGGGAACAAAGGAACAUGCUGGACCACCUGUGCCAACCUAAUCAUGUAUCACUUGAUUUCGCUCAACGUCAUCACCAGCUUCAAAGAUAUUGAGCAGCUUGCACGACGGGAGGUGGCCCUAGGUUCUUUCCGAUUCGCAUCUUGGCUUCAGAUGAGGUGUAUCGAUCAACCAGAGGAAGCCUUCUUCCACUGUGGCCAGAUACUGCGCCUGAUUCGAUCCAUGCCCCGUCCUGUCCGGCCUCCCUGGUGGGCCGGUGCUGUCUACCGGGUCGCUUUGACCGGAUGGGCAACCAGCAUGGCAGGUGGAGGGGCCCGGGUUUCCCCUGGUCAUGCGGCAACGGAGCCCGAUCGACAGUUUGCCAUCGACGACCUCACUCCUGAGAACGAGGCCAUCGGUCGAUAUAUGAAGUACCAGGAAGGUACACCAAUGUUGUCACGACCUGACGGCACAUUGGCCCCCAUGGACGUGCCUUCCAACAUCCUUCAGCACUGCAUUGAGCUGCUUGAGGAUGACUCUUCAAUGCGGCUGGCAGAUGGCAUCAAACGCAAACUGCGCAUGUUCAUGGCGAAUUGGAAAGACAACUAGUUCUGCGACCAGGAUGGAUGGGUCUUUGCUCUCUGAUCCAUGUGAGUGAUGUAACUUCACCUAUGGAGAUGAAGACAGAAAUGGGGUGUGGUAUUCCCACCUGGGUGAUGAACCCGGCCCUUGUAUAUUUUGGCAGUGUGCCUUUUGAUGAUGUUUAUGACGUAUACGACGGCAUGCUCGGGCGUUUGCCAGGAAAUAGAAGGGGACAAAAGUGCAGGAAUUUAAUUGGAUAUAGCAUGACACCACCCAAUCUCGACGACGACCAUGGCCGUUCGGUCGUCGUGGCUGAGAGAUUUGUCGUGCUCGGGAGGCAGGCUUUUUGGGUUGGAUUGGAUUGACUCUUUUUGAAUGAACACUGGGGAGUUAGGUUGGCAUGGCAUGGCAGGGCUGUCGCACUGCAGCGCAGGUCAAGCGGUGCCAAACUUGGAGGGCCAUCAUCCAUGGAAGGUCCGAGUCGGUCAUUAAAUCGCCCUGUUGGUUAGGUUCAAGUUGCGGGAAGUUCUGGACACCACUGCAGUACCAGUAGUAUGACUGUGUUUGUGCUUUGUGAUUCGUAUGAGCUUUGCCAAUACUGAAGACAAUUGUUUGCAAA